AUAUAUAUAUAUAUAUAAUUUUUUUUUUUGCUCUCGUUCUGUAUUUUUUCCCACCGCGAUUAAAAUAUAUUUGUCAUCAUCAUCAUUAUUAUUAUUAUUUUGCCUGCUGUCAAGUUAUUCUAAAAAAGAAAAUUAGGAGUAAUGAGCGUGGAUGCGUUGGGAAGCCCCGUGAUGGACCCUGCGUUUUCCAAACGGAGCACGGCACUGAGAUUAGUUGACUUGGCAGGGGCUCACCACCAUCACCAUCAUCAUCACCACCAUACCCCUCAGAGCGUGACAGGCUUCCCGGGGUUUGGCGGGCACGCGCACUCAAUGGCUCACGCGCACCCUGGGGAGUUCACGGCGGAACCCCGCCUGGGGCCGAGUCCAUUCGGGCCAGAACCCAUGGGGCACUCGGCGGCCCUCAAAAUCAGCCCAGCCCAUCAUUAUCCCCACCACCACCACCACCACCACCACAAUCAUCAUAUCGCAGGCCACGGCGAAGUGGUCUCCAGUCCAACGGGAGCUUUCGGCCCGGUGCAGGCUGCGGCAACGGUCCCGUACUCCAUGUCUCACGCGGCCCAGGCGCUAUCCGCAGGUAGGGAUUUCCUUAUUCGCCGAGAUCUGACAGCUCAAGGCGCCAUGCCCGCGUUGACCGAGCAGACCUCUGGUUCCGCCUCUCACCACGGAAUGUUUGUCUCGACCACAGGUAGCUACCCGGGACACUAUGGCCACCUUCACCCUGACGCCGGAGCGCAUGCUCUCUUCCCUGGACUCCAUCAUGAGCAGCCGUCCAACGGAGCACCGGGUGGCCAAGCCUCGAACGGACAAAUAAGGCUAGGCUUACCGGGCGACAUGUACGUCAGGACCGAUCAUUUGAGUCAAGUUGCGAGCAGCAGAUCGGAUCCAUUUGCAACAUCUUCGCCUCUCCACGGUCUCAAUCUGAACAUGAACCUAAGCACACACCACCACCAUCAUGGACACGGUGCGUUUUUCCGUUACAUGAGGCAACCGAUCAAGCAAGAGCUCAUCUGCAAGUGGCUGGAGCCAGAAAACUCGGCCAAGAAACUCUGCUCCAAAACUUACAGCACCAUGCACGAACUGGUGACGCAUGUGACCGUCGAGCACGUCGGCGGACCCGAGCAGGCGAAUCACGUCUGCUUUUGGGAAGAGUGUCCGCGAGAAGGGAAACCAUUUAAAGCCAAAUAUAAGCUCGUGAACCAUAUCAGAGUGCACACGGGAGAGAAACCGUUUCCGUGUCCGUUCCCUGGCUGUGGCAAAGUGUUUGCUCGAUCAGAAAACCUGAAAAUCCACAAGAGGACGCACACAGGCGAGAAACCAUUCAAGUGCGAGUUUGAUGGCUGUGAUCGACGCUUCGCCAACAGCAGCGACCGGAAGAAGCACUCUCACGUGCACACCAGCGACAAGCCGUACAACUGCAAAGUGCGAGGCUGCGACAAGUCCUACACACACCCGAGCUCCCUGCGCAAACACAUGAAAGUACACUGCAAGUCUCCACCUCCUACGAGCUCGGGCUACGAGUCCUCCACCCCGUCUCUCGUGUCUCCGUCGUCGGAUCUGGGACGAGACACUCUGUCGGGGUCACAGGCCGCCAAUCUGAGCGAGUGGUACGUGUGUCACAGCUCGGGCCCCGGCGGCACACACACCCCGCAGAGCGGAUCGUCCAGCCCGGACCCUUCAGAGGGUCCACCGUAUCAGAACUCCUGA